CUUGAAUUCUCUGAAUUCCUUGUAUAGUUGACGGAAAUCUUUAAUGUUUUUGUUAAAAUUCUCAUUCACGAUUUUGAAAUCUUUGUUCGGAACCAACAUGAAUAAUGAUAUUUUGAUUUUUAUUGAGUUGCAUAAACAAAAUUUGUGCGUUCGAUUAUUCUGAUUACUUGGCGUAUUUUCAUCUCAUAAUAUUAUUUAUCGGAUCAUUCACACUACUAAACCAAUCUAGAGAAUGUAUCGCCUCUAAUAUUUCUCUUUCUUCUAGCAACUAUCGCAAGUUGCAACGUUUUAACGCGUUCUUGGAGCAAAGGUUAUGCGAUUCGAGUCGACUUCCCCUUAAGGCUGAAGCAGUAUGAGUAGCAAAAGCCUCGAUACAGUGUUUUAGUCUAGCGGGACACGUGUGAAUAUAGUCCAUUAAAUAGUUACGGCCUUCACGCUCAGUACGCGGUCAGCCGGUGGAUAACUUUCACAUACAGACUGUAUAUGUUGUGUUGUUUACGCACAUAAUAGCCACGUCUUUAUUGUGUGUGUGUGUGUGGGCCUCGGUGACUAAUUACGAUGGACGAUAAAGAUCUUUGAUUUACAUUAAUUGAGUGAUGCGAGUAUUUAAUGAAAUUUACGGUAUACGGUAAUUAGGAACCGGUUGGCUCUUUCAGGCAUAGUAGCUAACCAUAGAAGCAAAAUAGUUUCAAAACAUUCAAGUUGUUUUAUACUUAAUAGAAUUAUAAAAGUAUAUUUAUGAAAAUUGUCUGAAAUAUUUUAAUUUGACGUCAGAGAAAACCGUGGUUUAUUAAACGUGGUUAACCAAUGAACGGUCCCUUCGCCGUACUGUAGAGACGCAGCCAAGACAAAGUGGAUGAAUAAUGAAAUUGGCUGUGGAUCACACUUCUCCAUCGACUAAGCCGCCAAUUACCGAAACGGAAGAGGUUAAAGAUAGCCCGAUCCCAUCACCUGACUUUUCAGUCAUUCGCGUACAUGGGAGUGCUUCGCCUCCACCCAUAGAUUCGGAAUACUCUGAGAUCUCGACUGAAAAUAAAGUUACGCCUAAACCAGUGGUCGCCGAAAAGGGAGAGGGACUGCCGACGCCCGACCGGGCUUUACUCGCCAAACUGGAGGAGGCCAACAGAAAGAUCGAGGCGGACUCAAAGUGCCCCUCGCUCAACGCAGCCAGCAGAAAAAACUCUGAAACAUCACUCGCAUCAGCAACGUCGAGUCAGGAAGAUACGCGAGUGGCAGGUAGCAGCGAAGAAGAGAUAUGGAUUCUCUGGGGCAGGAUUGUCAGUAAUUGGGAGACCGAGUGGCGAAGACGCAACCAGUUUGUGAGAGAUCUGGUUAGAAGAGGUGUUCCACAUCACUUCCGAGGCAUCGUGUGGCAGCUAUUGGCCGGGGUUGAAUGCUCUCCGGAAAAGAAGCAGUAUGCCUCGUAUAUUAAGGCGAAGUCAGCGUGUGAAAAGGUGAUUAGGCGCGACAUCGCGCGCACUUAUCCGGAACAUGACUUCUUCAAGGAAAAAGAUGGCUUGGGCCAAGAGGCUCUCUUCAAUGUGAUGAAGGCGUAUUCCCUCCAUGACAGGGAAGUGGGAUAUUGCCAAGGCUCAGGAUUCAUAGUUGGACUUCUAUUGAUGCAGAUGCCGGAGGAAGAGGCGUUUGCGGUUCUCGUGAAGAUUAUGCAGCAGCACAAAAUGCGAGACAUGUUCAAGCCAAGUAUGGCGGAACUAGGACUCUGCAUGUACCAAUUGGAAAACUUGUUGCAGGAAAUCUUACCUGAUUUACACGUUCACUUUCAGUCACAGAGUUUCAGCACAUCGAUAUACGCCAGUAGCUGGUUCCUCACUCUUUUCACGACCAACCUGUCUCUGCCUUUGGCCUGUCGCAUCAUGGACGUCUUCCUCUCCGAAGGGAUAGAGGUGGUGUUUAAGGUAGCACUGGCGCUUCUCACGCUCGGAAAGGAACAUCUUCUGUCCUUGGACAUGGAAAACCUUCUCAAGUAUAUUCAAAAAGAAUUGCCGGCGAAAGCCGACGCAGACCACGACGCAUUUAUGGAAUUAGCGUACUCCAUAAAAGUGAACCCGAAAAAGAUGAAAAAGCUCGAAAAGGAGUACACCGUGAUAAAAACAAAAGAACAGAGCGACAUUGCUGUUUUGAGAUGCCUGCGUGAAGAGAACCGUAUCUUGAAGAAGCGCAUGCAAUUCCUAGAACAGGAGUGUUCGGAGUUGGCGGCUCGCUUAGUUCGGGGCCAAGUGGACCGAGCUCACGGAGAGGAAGAGACCUUCGCGCUAGAGAGGGAGCUGCACGCCCUGCGUUGUGCCAACCUCGACGCUCAGCAGGCGUUGGCCGACGCUCACGAAGAGAUACGCUCCUUAGAAGUCACUCUGGCGGAGUGCAACUCCCGCCAAUCGUCCCUGGAGGGCGGGGAGGGGAGCGAGGGAGGAGAGGGCGGCUCCGGCGACAAAGAAGAACUGGCGCGAUGUCUGCAGCAGGAGCUGGUGAGGGCUAAGCUGCAGCUCGCCGAACGAGAGGCGGCCGAGAGGGAGCUGGCCGCGAGAUUGGCCGACUUGGAGAACGACAACAAGCUGCUGCGGAAGCAGACCGUCGACAACAACGUCGCGCAUCUGCAGGACGAACUGAUAGCGGUGAAAUUGCGGGAGGCGGAAGCCAAUCUCUCCCUGAAGGAAUUGCGGCAGCGCGUCACCGAGCUCGCCGACGCGUGGCGGCGACAUCUGCAGGAACACCGGGCCGAGGCGGCGGCGGUGGCUGCUCCUUCGGUAGUGUCGGACCUCAUGGCCACGCCCAAGAAAUUGCUUCGAGCGUGGGAGGGUCGCGCCGCCGACGCCCACAGGGUGGAAGACGAGUUGAUGACUACCCGCAUCCGGGAAGUCGAAGCCCUCACCGAGCUCAAGGAACUGAGGCUUAAGGAAAUGGAGCUGAGCGCUCAGGUGCAGGUGUCGAGUAACCAAUUGCGUCGCCAAGACGAGGAGGCCAGCGCUCUGAGAGAGGCCCUCGAUGCAGCUCUGGCUCGCGAGAGGGCGCUCAUCGCGAGGCAGCGUGAGUUCCAGCACAAGUACGAAGACCUCGCGGGCAAGGCGAAAUACGAAUCGAUGCAGGCGUCGAUCAAGAACAUGGAAGUCUCACAACGGAUCGCCGAGCUGGAGAACGAGCUCUCCGAGUGUAAGAUGAAGACGGAGGUGAUGGCCGCGGAGGGGGAGCUGAGGAACCACAACUCGGACGACUCGGAGCGAGUUCGCGAGCUGCAGGAGCAGGUCGCCGAGUUGCACGCCGAGGUUAUGAGGCUGGAGGCGUGGAAGGCGCGAACCCUCGGGCUCGCGCCCCUCCGCGGCGCCUCGCCUGAGGAGGACCCAGAGGAGGACGACGGACCGAAGCCCGCCCAGCGAAGGAGAUCCUCCGCCUCGAGGCCGCCUUCGGACGUCGAGGACACGUAGCGCGACCGCCUCUCCCGCGGACGGAUUGGGUCUCGACGUACUUAACACGCUCGACGCGUGAAGCGACCCGUGUUGUUCGCUUUGUCACGUGGCAAUAUCGUAUUUAGAAUAGAUGUUAAGUAGGUCAUCGCUGUUAAAUCAUGUUUUUAUACGAAUCAAAUAUUUAUUUAGCGGAGGGAGACGCCUCUCUUCGCCUCUCGCGUCUCCUUUCGAUAGUUUAUUUAACUUUAGCUGUGGUAGUGAUCAGUAGUUCUCUCGCGUGAGUGGCGAGACUAUCAAAUGUCUAGUUAUUAACGAAUGCUAUUAACGAAUUUAACUAUUUUAUACGAAGCGACUGACGGUAUUCCUCGCUUUGAGAGGACGAUCUCUCUCUCAGUAUUUAACCUUAUCUAUAAGACGAGUCAAUUGAUCCUUUUCUCUGUUUUUUAAUUACGUAAUAUUUUCUCGACCGAACUCAAAGCUUCUCUUCCUAUAUAUAUAUCGGUUUCGUAACCGUUCUGACCGCAUUUGUCGUUUGCGAAAAUGUACCUACAUUCCGUUCGGCUCAAAGUUAAGUUAGCGAGCGUUAUAUUUAAGUUUUAACAUUCAAAGAGUCUCCGACACUUGUUAUAUCGAAAUUAUUUAAUUUUAAUUUAAAUUACAUCAAUAAACUUACUAUUUAA